AUGGGUUAUAAUUACUCAUUGGCUGAAUACAUCGACUCGAAAGAGACAAACGUAUCGGUGUUCUUGAAACGAGGUGUGUUCGAUGAUGAAUUGGGAGAUGAUCAGGGUUUCCGAAGAGCUGGACAUUUGCCUGUAUCUGGUCUAAUUAAGGAUUCAGACCUUGUUACUAGUGAUCCCGAAGAUUUAGCAAUGGCAGAGAGAUCAGGUAGAAGGCUGGAUGAUUCAGUAUUACAUUCUAACGAUAAAAGCAACUUUGAGGGCUCCCUGAUGAAGCUAACAGCGAAAGCGCCUGCUGCUACUGAACCCCCUCCUACGUAUAAAGACGAUGAAGAAAUAGUUGAAUAUGUGAAAAAGUUUUCCACUGACUCUUUGGAUCAGCUAAAAGCAAUUCAGAGUCUCAUGAAUAUGAGAAAAUCGGGCGACCGUAGAAUCACAAUAAAUUACGAUAAGACAACCACAUUGGACCCAAGGAGAAAUAAUUUAUUAAUGGGGAGAAGAAUGAUGAUCGAACCAGAGUCACCUGAAAACAAUCACGUUUAUAUAGAGAAAGCUGCUAUACCAUACGAACGCUUCAAUUUUAAAGAGAACCCUAUUAGGACAGCAGUACCUGGCAGUUUUAUUGGCGAGUCCGCUAAUUGGUUGCUACCGAAUAAUAUAGAAAAAUCAUAUAGAGGGACACUGUAUAGUAAUGAAAUGUAUAAUGACUUCCACGCUACUACGCCCGGUUACCCUAAACCUAUAAGAUACAAAACAGGUGUUGAAAGGCCAACUUUGCCAAAUCAAGGUGUGUCAAAGCAAACACCAUCAUUGCAAUCAGAUAACAUACCAAGAGGGGAAAUGGACGCUAGGAGAUUGGACAACUCAGAACUCAAUAGAGUUAAAGAUAAGCUGCUAAUGGACAAAGCUAUGUUUCCCAGUUUCAAGAACAUAGAUAAUGAGAACUUGGAUAAACAAGAUCUAGACAGGUCUGAGGAAGCUGAUUACGAAGAGGAAGCUAAACGAGGUAUUCGAGUAAGAAAGAAGCGAAAUAUUCAUUCAAACGAGGUUAUCAUAAAAGAAACCAUUUAUACUUUACCCAUUGGAACAUCCGGUAAUUAUAUUAAAGUCGAACACGAUAGAAAAACUGGUAAAGGAUCUGUGGAUAGAGAAAAUCAGAUAAUAUCUGAUGAUAUAAAAUAUACCGAUAGUAUGACUGAAGAAAUGAGAAAAAACAUUUUAAAUUUGACGGAUAAUCUUGAUCAUGGUAAUAGUAUUUUUAAAAUGAAAUUGAAGAAUACAACAAUGGAAAUGAUAAAUAAUACAAUGAACCAUAGUGAGUUUACUCCUAUUACCGUAACAAAGAAACCGAUUAAAUCUAUUUUAUCGUUACUAAAAUCUCAUUAA